CCAAUCGCUGGAGGAUAGAAAGGGGACAAGAAUAAGCAGUUAGGAGGCCAAGACACAAGAAGUUAAAGAGCGCCUAAUAUAUACAUGUUUUUGAAGGCGGGCAGAGAGGGGGGAAAGUGCCCCCGGCGAGGGUCUAUGGGCCUGAUUGUAUAGUUAUGAUGGAGCCCCCUUUGAGCAAGAGGAACCCGCCAGCGCUGAGAUUAGCGGAUUUGGCAACGGCUCAGGCCCAACAGCUUCAGAAUAUGACAGGCUUCCCGGUGCUGGCCGGCCCGCCCGCCCACUCCCAACUCCGCGCCGCCGCCGCGCAUCUCCACCCGCGGGACCCAGACAUUGACCCCGGCGCGGCCAGCACUGCGCUCGGACCCGAGCACAUGGCCCAGGCCAGUGGGCAUGGCCCCAGCCCUCCCGCUCAGGCGCUCCAGGGACAGCCCCAGGCUCCCGCGCCCGCUGCCCGGUCCGCGGCCUCAGAGGCGCACCCGGGCGCCCGCACCCACCCCGACGGCGGGGGCAGCGGUGGCGCGCAAGCCUCGGCGCCCCCGCCUCCAGCCCCUCCUCUUCCUCCCUCCCAGUCCCCCUCUCCCCCUCCCCCGCCUCCUCCUUCUGCCCUCUCGGGCUACACCGCCACCAACAGUGGCGGCGGCGGCAGCAGCGGCAAAGGCCACAGCAGGGACUUCGUCCUCCGGAGGGACCUUUCCGCCACGGCCCCCGCGGCGGCCAUGCACGGGGCCCCGCUCGGAGGGGAGCAGCGGUCCGGCAGCAGCUCCCCCCAGCACCCGACCCCGCCUCCCCACCCGGCCGGGAUGUUCAUCUCGGCCAGCGGCACCUACGCGGGCCGGGACGGUGGCGGCCCCGCGCUCUUUCCCGCGCUGCACGACUCUCCGGGGGCUCCCGGCGGUCACCCGCUCAACGGCCAGAUGCGCUUGGGGCUGGCGGCCGCCGCGGCGGCUGCGGCCGAGCUGUACGGCCGCGCGGAGCCACCCUUCGCUCCGCGCUCAGGGGACGCGCACUACGGGGCGGUGGCGGCCGCCGCGGCUGCCGCCUUGCACGGCUACGGAGCCGUGAACUUAAACCUGAACCUGGCUGCGGCGGCGGCGGCCGCGGCGGCCGCGGGGCCGGGGCCCCACCUGCAGCACCACGCGCCUCCCCCGGCGCCGCCGCCGGCGCCCGCGCCGCACCCGCACCACCCCCACCUCCCGGGGGCGGCCGGGGCCUUCCUGCGCUACAUGCGGCAGCCAAUCAAGCGGGAGCUCAUCUGCAAGUGGCUGGACCCGGAGGAGCUAGCCGGGCCGCCGCCGCCGCUCGCGGCCAGCAGCGCCAAGCCCUGCUCCAAAACUUUCGGCACCAUGCACGAGCUGGUGAACCACGUCACGGUGGAGCACGUGGGAGGCCCGGAGCAGAGCAGCCACGUCUGCUUCUGGGAGGACUGUCCGCGCGAGGGCAAGCCCUUCAAGGCCAAGUACAAACUCAUCAACCACAUCCGCGUGCACACCGGCGAGAAGCCCUUCCCCUGCCCGUUCCCGGGCUGCGGCAAGGUCUUCGCGCGCUCCGAGAACCUCAAGAUCCACAAGCGCACUCAUACAGGGGAAAAGCCUUUCAAAUGUGAAUUUGAUGGCUGUGACAGGAAGUUUGCCAAUAGCAGUGAUCGAAAGAAACACUCCCAUGUCCAUACCAGCGACAAGCCCUACUACUGUAAGAUUCGAGGCUGUGAUAAAUCCUAUACUCACCCAAGCUCUCUGAGGAAGCACAUGAAGAUUCACUGCAAGUCCCCCCCACCUUCUCCAGGAGCCCUUGGUUACUCAUCAGUGGGGACUCCAGUGGGUGACACUUUGUCCCCUGUGCUGGACCCAGCAAGGAGUCGAUCCAGCACUCUGUCCCCUCAGGUGGCCAACCUCAAUGAGUGGUACGUUUGCCAGGCCAGUGGGGCCCCCAGCCACCUCCACACACCUUCCAGCAAUGGAACCACCUCUGAGUCUGAAGAUGAGGAAAUGUACGGGAACCCUGAAGUUGUGCGGACGAUACAUUAGAAUGGUUAUUAAUAAGUUAGAUAGUGAGUGGGAGUCCUUGGACCAUAGCCUAACCUGAGACAAACUGGUGACUCAGACUUGCCACCGGGUCUAAUUAGCCCUAUUUAUUCAGUAUGAAACCCUAUGGUGUUUAUACAUUUAAUUAAGAUAUUUGGGGUUUUUUUCUCUUUCUCGUAAAAAAACAAAAAACAAACAAAUAAAAAAAAACAGGACUGGAGAUACAGCUCAGUGGUAGAGCGAUUGCCUAGCAUGCAUGAGGCUCUGGGUUUAAUCUCUUAACACUGAAGAAAAAAAAAAAUAAUAGCAAACAAAUAAAAGCAACCAAGCUAGACUUGUCCAUUGCAGUGGGACAGGCCUGGAGGCAGAGUCCAUAGAGGAAAAUUAGUGGAGAAAUUGAGAUGUACACUGCCAAUACAGUGUGUGUGUGUGUGUGUGUGUGUGUGUGUGUGUGUGUGUGUGUGUGUGUGUAUCUAGUAAAUGGGAGAAAAAAAGAACAUUAAGUCAGACCUUAACAUAUCAACCAGGCCCUCUUCAUGUCCCGGAGUGCCUCUCAGAUGCCUUUGGCACCAUAAUGAGGGCUGCUUUUGAGCCUUCUUAUAGAGACCUAAUUCUGCAAAGGCCUCUUGAUUGUAAAACACGCACUUGCUGCAUUGACAACAGACCCUGGACUGUGCCUGUAUCCAAAAGUCUUUGUAUCAAACAAACAAACAAACAAAACCUUAAUUUCUAAUAUUUAUCAUUUUAAUUCCUAUGCUUUUAUUACCAAUCUCACCAUAACAUGAUAUUUUUAUACAGGAUUGUUCCUUCAGUAUCUUUCCUUGUGUGAUUUUAAAAAAAAUGAAGCAAAAAAUAAAUAAAUAAGCAAAGUGCAGCCACCUUGCUGUACCCCCCUGUAUCAUGCUACUGUGAUUGUUCAAGCAGAGACAGAAGAGCUGCUAAGACAGACAACUGGGAAACUGUGAUCUUUUGUAAACUAGAGUAGUUCAAGAGCUUUCUUUUCCCUCUGCUGGGUUGUGCUGCCCUUUUGUUUUUAAACUGGGAAUUUUAGAUGCUGCUGCCUCUUGCUGCAUCUUAACUGGUUGGGUAAUAAGGAGUCAUGAGUUACGUUUUGACCAUGAGUUUUUUGGGGUGCCAGCAUGCACAGUAAAGGCUGAGGAGGUGUUAUGGUGGCAUCCUGCCUAUUUUUUAAAGCUUUUUUUUUUUUUUAAACAGGCCAACUCCUUUUUAUAUUACUGUGUCAACCUUUUUUGAAAGUUAUUUUUAAUGCAUUUCUUUCCCCUGCGCCAUGAGCACUGAAUCCUCUUCCAUUUGAAAAUGACAGUGUGAAGUAUAUGAUUUACAUUACAAGAGGAGGAGUUGCUGUAUAUGUUAAAUUUUUUAAAAGGUCUAUAGUUAUCACCAAACACUGAUGAAUGUGUGACCUUUGCCAGGGCUGUCAAGCCAGGAUACAAAGGAUCAAGGACCUAGGACAAUAACUCUUGGUCAGUUUAUGUUCAGUUGGUACAACACAUCUCCUGUGCAAACUGUAGUCCAGCAGAAACAUCACACAUAUACUAAAGAGAACUAAUUUAUCCUCAGAGACCUUGAAGACACCCCCCGCCCCAGGAUUUGUAGAAAUCUGUUUUGUGUGCUGUGAGUGGUUGAUGUAGUCUUGUCAUUGUUAAUAAGUGUCUGUGAAUACUUUUAUUUGUACAGUUUUUUAAUUAAUUUAUUUUUAAAGAUCUUUUUCUUUUUCUGGAAGAGUUCAAAGCACACCAAAGAAAUAUAUUAUACAUUUUGGUGAAAGAUUGUCAUUUAUGAUCCAUGGUUUAUUUAAGAAAAAAGAAAAGUGGGAAAAUAUAAAAUAUAUUUUUAAGCUUACUUGAAUGGACAAGGUAAUGUGAAAACCCAAGACUCUUCCUGCAUGUCUUUCUGCCUUGUGUUGAUGAGAUUAUAGUUUAUAGAUAUAUUACUAGUACAAUGCAUGGUGCUGUUACGUGGACACCUUUCAAUGUUGUCUUCAGAUUGUUACAGUGAAUAUGAUACAUGCAGACCCUCCUUUACAAAGAGAAAGACCUACAACUUGAAUAUAAAAUAAUUCUACAUUUUAAAAGUUUGAUUUUUUUCCCUGUUAUUUACUUUCAAAGUCCUUUCAAAUAGAAAUGAUAAGGUAUGAACUUGGGUGGGAUAACUUAUGUACUGUAAAUUUGUUAGGACAAAAUAUUCCUGAUGUACGAGUUGUUUUAUUUAUACAACUUUUUCAAUGGUAGUUUGCACUAUUCUUUAUCAUGUUACAGGUUUAUUUAUUAUGAAACAAAGGAAUAUGUAUUUUAUGUAUUUUGCCAUGCAUAGGUUAACUCUGCCACAGAUUUAUUGGUUCCUGAUGCACCGAAAAUAAAACCUUAAAGUGUGUACCUCCAUUAGAGAGAAAGCGAGACUGAUGAUGGAAUGACAAAUGUAAUAAAGGUAUUCUUCCUAUGUAUUGCUACAUUUUA